AUGGAUGGACAAAGUGGAAUUCUCGCAGAACUCCCAGUUGGGUACAGAUUCUUGCCCACUGAUGAAGAACUCGUGACUCAUUAUUUGAUGAACAAGGCAUUUUACAAGCCUCUUCCUGCCCAUGUUGGUCAGGACAUCAAUGCCAGUGAGCUUUAUAGCAAGCCUCCUAACACCCUUGUGACUCUUUCCUGUGGAGAAAGAGAAUGGUAUUUCUUCAUUUAUGGGGAGGAAGAUUCUGUAGGAGAAAGAAAAACAAUUAGAAUUGUUGGAGAUGGAAUAGGGUUUUGGAAAUCAAGUGGGCAAGAAAAAUCCAUUUGCAACUCAGAUGGAAAUGUUUUUGGACUCAAAUUCCAAUUCACCUACUUCUCAGGAACAUUUCCAAAUGCCAAGAGAACACAUUGGCGGAUGGAUGUGUACCGAUUGCCCACUCAAUAUUACCCUGCUCAAAAGGUGACCAAAAAAAAAAUAGUCUUUUUUCGAGAUAACCAAGACUUCAAAUUUCAAUAA